UUUGGCGCAUCAAAGCAACAAAUAAGGUUGCACACUGGAAUUGCAUAUCUCGGAGAUGACAAAGUGUCAUUCUGUUCAGUUUCGGACUGUUUAAAACAUGGACCGGCAGCCAUUUGGGCACAUCUAGCCCCGGUAAUAACAUAUCUGAAAACAAGAAAACGGUUUUCAGUAAUACACUUUGUAACUGAUGGGCCUACAACCCAAUACAGAAAUAAACUGAACUUUUAUCUUUGGUGUACAAAAGUGUUUGACUACGGUUGCACAUUAUCUACCUGGAACUUCCUUGAAGCAGCACAUGGUAAAGGAGCUGCAGAUGGCGUUGGGGCGGCCGUCAAAAGGGCAGCCGACAAACAAGUACACACAUAUCAAAAGGACAUUACCAGUGGGAGGGAAUUCGUGGCUAAUGUCCAACAAUGUAGUAGUGUUAUGAUGAUUUAUGUGGAAGAACAGUCGAUUCUCGAACUAGAAAGUCAACUGCCCACAUCACUGAAACCUCUGACAGACACCAUGAAAAUUCACCAGCUUAUCACCGACAAUCGAAGUGAAAUUGCCCACCGAGUAGUAUCUUCUUUCUGCAGACAUCCAGUGAUAUGCAGUUGCUUUUCACCAACAAGAGUACUCUUCCCUGAAUAUGUAUUGCAGCUAGAACCGGAUUCACAUGCCACCCAUAUUGUCAACCCGGAUUGCGGUGCUCAGAUAUUUCACUACAACCAGACGCCUAAAGCUUACACCGAUGCUCACAUGAUUAUAGCUGACGCCGUUCACACAUCUAAAGCUGACGCCGUACAAAUGCAUGUAACUGACGCCGUGCACACGCUGUCGACGACGUAGAGCAGAAAGAGGAUAUGGAUGAACGGUUGAUUGGGCGAUAUUGUAUCAUUGACUAUGAUGGUCUCCCAUACCCAGGUUUAAUAUUAGAUAUUGAUGAAGAAGGUGCAGAGGUGUCGGCAAUGUGUCGUAUUGGGGCUAAUCGGUUCUUUUGGCCAUUGAUAGAGGACCGCUUAUGGUAUGGGAAGGAGAAGAUUGUCGCAUUGUUGGAAACAGAACCAGAAUUGGUGACAAAUCGUCAUCGAAAACUGGAUGAUAGUAUGUGGAAGCACAUUUGCGACAAACUUGGCUUGGAUAAUAAAGGAAAAAAGUAAAUUUGAUCAAAUGAUCAUUUGACGUUGAUUUGAACAUUGACGAGAACGUUGUGUUGGCUGCCAUAUUUGUAUGCUACUACAUUCCGCGUUUCCGUAUGAAG